AUGGAUUCAUCCACUUUCUUUGAUAGUAGUUGUUACAAUCUAAGACCACAACCUGUCACUUCCCAUGUGCGUUCGCAUUGCAAAAAACGAAUAUCAUAUUUUCAUAAUAAUGAGAUCGGAAACUUUCAGUUUGGAGUUCAACAUCCGAUGAAACCACUGCGUUUAUCUUACACCAACGAUUUAGUAUGUGCUUAUCGAUUACAUGAAAAAAUGCGAGUUUUUUGUCCUCCAAAAGCUACUGACUAUGAUUUGAUGGAAUUUCACAUUCCCAGUUAUAUAACGUUUUUAAAAAAUGUCACCCCUGAAAACAGCGAACAGUAUUCCUUUGAUGCUGACAGAUUUAAUAUCAGCGAAGAUUGUCCAAUAUUUAGAGGAUUAUACGAUUUUUGCCAAAUUUAUGCUGGUGCAUCUGUAGCUGCAGCGUUACGAUUGACAAGUGAAGAUACUGAUAUAUGUAUUAAUUGGAGUGGUGGACUACAUCAUGCCAAGCACAACGAGGCUUCGGGGUUUUGCUUUGUAAACGACAUUGUAUUGGCUAUUCAACAGUUGUUGAGGGUCUAUCCACGGGUCUUAUACAUUGAUAUUGAUAUACAUCACGGCGAUGGUGUACAAGAAGCAUUUUACGAAACAGAUCGAUGCAUGACCGUAUCAUUUCAUAAGUAUAAAGAAAAUGGAAAAUAUUUUCCGGGGACUGGAGGUCUAGGUGAGAUUGGUAUUGGGUUAGGAAAAAGGUAUUGCUUAAAUAUACCACUUAAAGAUGGAAUGGAUGACGAAAAUUAUGUCGUUUUAUUUAAGGAUGUUAUUUCGGACGUUAAAGAUCGUUAUCAACCAAAUGCUGUUGUUCUGCAAUCUGGGGCUGAUUCACUUGGAAAAGAUAAAUUAGGGGGAUUUAAUCUUAGUAUUAAAGCUCAUGGAGAAUGUGUUCGCUUUGUAAAGAAUUGGCAAAUACCUUUACUGGUUCUUGGCGGUGGUGGGUAUAAAAUAGAAAAUGUUGCGCGAUGCUGGGCUUAUGAGACGAGCAUACUGGUUGAUACAGAGGUACCGGAAGCGCUGCCUAAAAAUGCACAAUUUUAUAAUUUUUUUGGACCAGAUUAUUCUUUACAUCCACCUCUUGUUAGACGGAUCGAAAAUUUAAAUACCAAACUAGAUUUACAAAAACUUUCACAACAAGUUCACGAGCGUUUGAGAUUAAUAGAUGGAGCACCAAGUGUACAAUUACAUGAAUUUUCUAAGGAUUUACAAGAUUUGUGGGAAGAAUCCGAAGAAGAAAUGAGAGAUUAUCAGGAAGAUGCAAUUCCAGAUAUUAGACCUAGGCGGCGUUUAAUGUUGGGUGAAAAUGAGUUUUAUGACGAUAACGAUGACCAGCUAGUAGAUGAAGAUCAGACUAUUGAGUACGCUGUUGAUAAUGAAUCAUAUUAA